AUGGACGACCCUCAUGGAAACGACGGUGGAAUGCACAAUGGCGAAGAUGAAGAGGAUCAAUUGAAUGUGGAAUAUGAAGAUCUCGACUUGGACCAUAUCGAUAAUGGUGACGGAAUGAUGGAUGAGCAUGGUGAUGGUGUGAUGAAUGAGGGAGUGGAACUGGAGCUGGAGACAGACAUUCCUUCUCACCGCGGUGAAGUUGUAGACCGUGGCAGUGACAAUGGAGAUCAACUGACAUUGUCCUUUCAGGGACAAGUUUAUGUUUUUAACAACGUCUUGCCUGAGAAGGUUCAAGCUGUGCUGUUGUUGCUUGGUGGACGGGAAGUGCCACAGACGCUCCCUACAAACCUAGGAUCUCCUCCUCAGAACAAUAGGGUACUGGGUCUAUCUGGUAUUCCUCAAAGGCUUAGUGCUCCGCAGAGGCUGGCCUCGUUGAUCAGGUUUAGGGAGAAGCGAAAAGGGAGGAACUUUGAUAAGACUAUUCGCUACACAGUGAGGAAGGAGGUAGCCUUGAGAAUGCAGCGGAAGAAAGGUCAGUUCACAUCUGCCAAGUCAAGCAAUGAUGAGUCUACAUCCGCUGGAUCUGAUUGGGGUUCAAGCCAGAGCUGGGCCGUAGAAGGGUGUGAGACUGAGAGGCCUGAGGUUUUAUGUCUGCACUGUGGAACCAGUGAGAAGUCAACUCCAAUGAUGAGACGUGGACCUGAAGGUCCAAGAACACUUUGCAAUGCAUGUGGUCUAAUGUGGCGAAACAAGGGGAUUUUAAGAGACUUAUCCAAAGCUUCUCCUUACCAAACAGCUCAAAUCCUGCCUGAAGAUAAGAAUGAUGACUCAACUCUUGAGGCCGAUCAAAUGAUCGCAGUAGAUGCAGACAUUAGCAACUCCCAGUAA